AUGUACGUUGUGCCUUGUGUACUAGAAUUUCUUCUGUACCUACGGCUACAGGUUAUUAUCGACCUGUCAAGUAGACAUUUUUUCGUCAAGCUGUCUCCGCAAAUUCGCAAAAUAGGAGACGAAAACCCAUUCAAGUUCUCUAGUUUUAUAUCGAAUCUGCCACCUAUAGGUGGUGGAGCGAUGCCGCGCUGCAGUAAGCGCACGCGCAGUGGCGCGCCCUCCACGGACCUGUUACCCGGCACCACAUCCCUAGACGAGCAUCACCAUCAUAAACGAUCAAGAAAUACUAGUUCCAGGAGACAUUCCAAAUCAGAAGACACAAGUUUUAGUGUAAAGAAAUGUUUAGCUUGGUUCAAAGAAUACACGACAGUAUCAGAACCAGAUGUUCUAGGGCCAGAAGGAAUGGAAAAAUUUUGUGAAGACCUCGGAGUUGAUCCUGAAAAUGUUGUAAUGCUGGUAAUUGCAUAUAAAAUGGGUGCCAAACAGAUGGGAUACUUCACACAAGAGGAAUGGCUCAAAGGACUAACAGACCUGCAGUGCGAUAGUGUGCUCAAACUUCAAAACAAACUAGACUAUCUGCGCCACUUACUCAACGACCCCUAUGUAUUUAAGGCUGUAUACAGAUAUUCAUAUGAUUUUGCAAGAGACAAGGACCAGCGGUCGCUGGACACGGGCACGGCGCGCGCGCUGCUGGGCGUGCUGCUGCCGCGCUGGGCGCUGCGCGCGCCGCUGGCGGAGUUCCUGCGCGGGCGCCGCUACCGCGUCGUCAACCGCGACCAGUGGACCAACAUCCUCGAGUUCAGCCGCUCCGUGGACGCGCAGCUGCACGCCUACGACGCGGACGGCGCCUGGCCGGUGAUGCUGGACGAGUUCGUGGAGUGGCUGCGCGGCGAGCGCGGGGAGCGCGGCGAGCGCGACUGCCCGCCCAGC